AUGCAAACUUUCAAAGACUUACCUAUAGACACGCACAUAUACCUGUCUGAAUUUCUUACUCCAAGAGAUUGUGCUUCUCUUGCUCAGACUUGUACUACUCUCCGGCAAAAGUACAAAGACUUACGAUGGAGUUAUUGUCUUGUGUUACCACAUUCCCCUGGUGCUUUGGUUCCAACUUAUCAGCAUUCUCGUGCUAUUCCAAUUGCAGCCGCCACAGCUCCUGAAAAGUACUCGUGGAUUCCAGCUGAUGCUAUCAAAAUCCUUGAAUUUGACGAGUCUACAAACAAUGAAAAAGUGGACAAGGCAAUGUGGUCCUUUGUCGAAGCACUUCGCACUCCGUACCCCCACGCCACCUUUCCUUCAGUAACUCGCACAAUUGUAAACUUGAACUACCGUUCGACACCUGCAUUUGUUCAAUCAGUUUGGGCAAGAUCACUUACUGAAGCAAACGGACCUAUUCUUGAUAUUCGACGACCGCCGAUUGAAGAUUUAGAAGACGACGAGGACCGUGAAAGCACCGUCGACCUUGAUCAAGAACACCAAUGGAUAUUUAGACUUGAAAAAAAUAUUUCUAAAAGUCAUCUAUUAGCUGAAAGUACAAGAUCUUUUUUUGCAAACCCUGAACCCAUUGUCCUAGGCUUUUUGCGAGACCUGACAAUCACAAUCACAUCUCAAAGUAGAUUUUCGCUUGCUGCAUCUCUCCCUACAUUGACUCCAGCCUUGACUAACCUUAAUAUUCAUUGGAUGAUACCAGACCCUUUCAACCCAUGCAACAACCUUUCACCUGCAAUUGUUUCGUUAAACGACUUAAAUCCAGCAUCACUACCGCAACUGCUCAAGUGCACGCUAGAGAUUCCUAAUGUUGAUGCCGAUCUCUCGGGCGAAUUUAACUUAGCAUCACUUCCUGUUCUUAUCAUUGCACCAAUCGUUACUAACAUUGAAAUUAAGUCUCGUGCACUCAACAUUUCUCAGUUCCAACAUUGCUUUAAAUUCCCAAAUCUUUACCAUAUGUCGAUCGUCCUUACAUCAAUGGUUCUUUAUACCCUCAAACCAUUACCAGACCCCAUGGCUACUGACGCUGUUUUUAAAUGGAACCGACCACAUUCUCUUGAACUUGUAAUUACUGAGCGAAGCACAACUGACAAGAAACUAAUUGAUCUUAUAAGGUACUUAUUUGCUGACCAAUCAUUAAAAAGAGUUAAGGUGACGCUUGAUUCAGAGAAAAUGAAACCAUCUGGAGUAUUGUUCCGAGGAAUCUCCCACUUAAUGCGCGAUAUUUCAAAAACCGAUCAACCACUAGAUAGUUCAAAUGAUAAGCUUAAAUCCCUUGUCAUUGAAGCUAUUGACGAAUUACAUGCUUUAGACGUGAUGGACGUUUUUGUUUUUGGAACUUGCUUGCAGAACAUUUCAUCUAUUACUGAGGUGGUACUAAAUGGGUUUGAGGAUCCUUUAUCUCUUCAAGAUGUUGACCAAGAAUUGUGGGAUGUUUUUAUGGUUGGACUUUAUCGCGGAUUAAUAUACCCUACUCUGGUUACGGAGACUAUUUUGUCUCUAGCAAAUGAAAGCAAGUCUCUUGAAUAUUUACACUUUGACAUUCUCAAUACCCUUUCUCGAUACUUUUCACCUGCACUAAACAAUAUAAUUGAAUCAGAAUCUUUGCACCAACUGAAACAGGUUCUUUUAAGUUCCCGUGUUCCUGAAUUGGAACUAAAAAAUGACGAAUGGAUAAAAGAUUUGCCCUUUUCUCCUAACACUUAUACUGUGUUUGGCGAGAAGAGAGAUAAUGAAAGAAUUGUUCAAACAUGUAUUGAUUUGGAACAUAAAUGCCACUUAAUGAAAGAAAGAGUAAAUAAGGAAGCAUCAUCGGAUCCACUAUGGGAUUCUUGGGAGAUUUCGAAAAAAGAUUUUAAUGGCUGGCUACAACUUUGA